AUGGCCAAAACUCUUAUAUCCAGGCUACAUGUCUAUUUGACUGCUGCAGCAGUAUUCAUACUAAUAAUCAUCAAAGGUAUCAUCUAUUCUAUCAUUGAAGACUCGUUGCCGUCCACAGAAGACCCGAGCUUUGUUCCGGGUGCAAAGUCAAUAUUCUUCCACGACACAUCUUGCCGAGGUGGCCUGACUAUACGUCAAGCGUGUUCGGUAGAAGCAGCGGCCAGAGCACACCCUGAGCACAUUAUCUACGUGCUGUUCAGCUGUCCAGUCACCAACUACGCGCAGAAGACGACCUGCCUCGCGACGCUCCUCGAAUUCCCCAAUGUGAAGUUCCUGAGAGUCGACAUUACUGAAUUUUCCAAAGGAACAGCCGUGCAGUCUAUAGUACUCAACGAUAUAAAACUUAGUCAGUACCCAAUACAGCAUGCAGCCGACAUACUGAGAAUAUUGACCCUUAAUAAAUGGGGUGGCAUGUAUCUGGACACAGACAUGAUUGUGACGAGAUCUUUAGAGCAUUUGCCGAAGAAUUUUGUGGCUAAAGAAAAUCUAGAUGACGUCGCUUCGGGCAUCCUAUCUUUUGCGAAAGACGGAAUUGGUGCCAACAUAACUAAUGAACUUCUUAAAAUCAUGGGCCAAGACUAUAACCCAACGGGUUGGUCAGUUGUUGGUCCAGCAGCCAUAGACAAGGUGCUGAAAAUGUCCUGCCCUCAGCUGAUUCACUCGCCCAACUACCAGACAGAGCCCAUCAGUAACUGUCAUGGCAUAACAGUAUUCAACUCCGAUUUGUUCUAUCCAUAUUACUACACGGAGAUCGAAGAAAUAUUUAGUGCUCCAACAGAAGAUUUCGACUUAGGAAGACCUUACGCUUACCAUAUGUGGGACUUCUUGUCGCAUAACAUAUCUAUUCACAAGGACACGGUGUACGAAAUUGUUGCUGGCGCCUUCUGCCCUACGAUCCAUGACACGUACAGAGAUGAAUUUUGUGUUGAAUAG